UGGCAAGAUUUUGAUAACCUACUCCCAAGGCACCGCCGCAGACCACAGACCAGAGCAUCAGUGGCACAGUGAUCACCAUGGAAGAAGGACGCUCCGAUAGUGUGUACUCCAGCGGCGAAGAGGAUCUGUUCGCCAAGCAGAGUCUGAUGCGGUUGCGAAAUGCAGCCCGCUGGCGCGAACAGGCUCAGUACAUAAGUUUCGAGCCGGCGCUUCUGAUUUUCUGCUUUGCCAUGAGCAUAUCAGAGGUCGUACUCGCGAACCACAUCAUCCUGCAGACGUGCGUCGUGGAGGGAUUCGAUAGCAGCGACUGUCAACUGCUCAACACCGAUUCAAACUCCUCCCAGCGGGAACUGAUCGAAACGAAGGUGCAACCCAUCGCGGCCAACAUAACGAUGGUGAUCGUGAUUAUAAAGUCCGUAGUUCCGGCGCUGAGUGCGCUGCUACUCGGUGCGUGGUCCGAUCGAUACGGCCGCAAACCGACCAUGCUGAUCGCGAGUGUUGGAGUUCUGUGUUCCUUUCUGCUGCUGACGGUGCUUACGUUCCUAUCGAUGCAGGUCACCGUGACCCCGUGGUAUUACACGGCGGCUUAUCUUCCGUUCUCGCUGCUCGGCGGCAUGACCGUGAUUACAGCGGCCGCCUUCAGCUACCUAUCCGAUGUUACCAACGAACAAACGCGCACCAUGCGGAUGGGCUUCAUGGAGGCGUCCAUGAUGACGGGGGCGUUGUUGGGCUUUCUUUCCAGCAGCUACAUCCUGGAAUGGUUGAAUGUGGCGGCUACCUUCGCGAUAGCUACCGUGCUGAUCGCACUGGCGAUCGUGUACGUUAUUUACUGCACCGAGGACAGUAUCAUACUAAGCAACAGCAACAGCACCUGGGAGAAGCUGCGUGAUCUUUUGUCGUGCGAACGGUUACGGGAGCUUUCGGGCACGUUUUUCAUGCGCCGUUCGGGGUAUGUGCGGGAAAUUUUGUGGGCCAUCGUGCUGCUGACGGCGCUGACCGAGCUGGCCGGUGGUAGUGGUGGUGUAUUUUAUAUGUUCACGCGACGAAAGUUUGGAUGGGAUUUGAAACAGUUUAGCUACUUUCAGUUUGCCGAUGUGCUUACCAUCAUUUUGGGGAACGUGAUUGGUAUUCCGAUACUGAAGCAGCUACUGCACUGUUCCGACACUACCGUGGCGAUAGUGUCGAUCGCCAGCUACAUUGCAGACUCACUGAUCAUGGGCUUUGCAACCAGCGGGUGGAUGCUCUACCUUGCCAUAUCGAUUACCGUCCUGAAGGGAACGGACGGUGCUGCACUUAUGACGAUUUGUUCCACCAUACUGCCUGCCGGCGAUAUGGCCAAAUUCUUCACCAUGGCACUAUCGUUGACGGCCGUCGUUCCGCUACUAUCCGCACCGCUGUUUACGUUCGUGUACAACAGCACCAUACAAUUCGCGCCGGAAAUAUUCAACUUUAUAGCCGCCGGGUUCUUCGGUGUCGGACUGUUGCUGAUGUUAGUUCGAAGCUGGAUGCGAGAUUCGCUGGCAGCGAUGGAAGAGGAUAAUGAAAGCAGAUCGGAACAAACCCCGGUGGUGGAUCUCGUGACGGAACCAACGGCCCCUACCCUUGAGCGCAAGUAUCGCUUUUUCAUACUCGAGCCAGCAGUGUUUCUGAUAUUCUUCGCGUGGAAUGUUUCGUCUGCCGUUUUCGCGAACCAGAUCGUGUACCAGACGUGUACCGCCGCCUUCGGCAAGAACGAAUCGCUGUGCGAACGGCUCGGGACGGAAAAUGAAACGGAAGAGAUCCAGCAGCUGGAAAAAUCCGUCCAACCCUACUCGGCCAACAUCCUGAUGACGAAAUCGCUGGUGGAAUCGAUCGUACCGGCAUUGUGCAGCAUGUUCAUCGGGCCCUGGUCGGACCGUUUCGGUCGAAAGCCGGUGAUAGUUGCCUCGUUUACCGGUGCCUUUCUAACCUACUCCACCGUCACGCUGAUCAGCUUCCUGUCGAUGUUCUACACGAUCAACCCGUGGUUCUAUGUGCUUGCCUCGAUCCCGGUCGCCCUGUCCGGUGGAACCUGUGCACUGAUUACGGGAGUGUUCUGUUACAUAGCCGAUGUGACGCAGGAGAAGAACCGUGCUACGAAUGUCGUGUUUGCUUCCUUUUCGAUCAACAGGAUGGCGGUGGUGGAAGCGGCCCUGUUCACCGGCCUGCUGGCGGGAACGCUGAGCAGCAGCUUCAUACUGCGCUGGACCAACGGUACGACCGUGUUCGCGAUCGCUGCCGGGGCCGUCUUUCUCGGCCUGAUGUACAACGUAUUUUACAUCGAGGAAAGCAUUCAACCGAAUGAAUUGAGCGAAACGAACAGCAAGUUCCGGGAGCUGUUCCGGUUCGAGUCGGUGGGCGAGCUGAUGCGCACCUGCUUCAAACGGCGACCGAAUUACGAUCGUUUGAUCAUCUGGCUGGUCAUUUUGGCGCUCGGUGCGGACAUAUUCGCGUUGGAUGGGUCCCAGACAGUGUUUCUGCUCUUUUUACGCGAACGCUUCGAAUGGACGGUAAAAGAUUACUCGUAUUACGAUGCAACCAGCAUUGUGUUUAUGAUUUUCGGUAAUACUGCCGGUCUGUACCUGAUUCGGAAGCUGUUCAACCUAUCCGUCACAAUGCUGGCCGCCCUCGGGUUCUGCUGUUACGCGAUCAACAGCACAAUCCACGGACUAGCAUCGGAACCGUGGCAACUGUACAUGGGAGUAGCGAUUUGCUUCAUGAAGGGAAUUGCGGGCCCAAUGAGCAGGGCCGUCAUCUCCAACACCGCACCCGCAAGUGAUAUUGGUAAGAUUUUCUCACUGACAACAUCGAUCGAGUCGAUCACUCCACUAUUCUCCGCUCCGCUGUACACGUUCGUGUACAAGAGCACACUGUCGUGGUACCCGGGCGCAUUUAACUUAAUCACGGCCACCGUUUAUUUCACCUGUGCGUGCCUAUUGAUAUUUGCAAGAAUCUUUCAAAGUAUGCAACAGACGACUACAUACACGUCGAUUAAUUAAGCAAGAGCCAUGGUAGACAUUGGAUAUCUACAGCUCUGUAUGGACUAACAAACUCACGGGUAACGGUACCACUCACACGAAUAUAUUUUGGAAUGUGAUAAAGUUUUACAAAUUGUUCGGUUGGUGGAAUAUUGAACACA